AUGGAAAGACUGAAGGCAGACAUAAAGGCUCAUGAAAGACUUACUCAGGAAUACAACCAGAUCAUCAUCCCGCGUCUCCAGCAAUCCGACGAGUUUCUGAACCGAAUGUGUCGCCGAUCUGGCGAAGUCGAUCAAACCUCGCAGGCCGAGUUAGAUAGGCAAAUGAAAACGUUGGAGAAGACGCUCAAGUAUUACAUCCAAAGUCGAAACGAUCAACGCCAAGCGAAGACGAAAUUAUCUGGAAUCGAGAAUGAAUCGUCUUCGAGAAGUCUUCACAACCGGAAACGCGAGGAUCGCCUUUCAAGGAGACGCCAAAAAUACACGGAGAAAGACAAGGCCUUCCAGCAGAUGAAGAACGAUUUCGUUCUCCAACUCAAAGCCACGCAAGCCUGCUUCAACACCUAUUACGAGUCACGGUUGCCGGAAAUUGUUGAUUCCUGCGCAUUGGGAUUCCACGCGAUAGUGCGUCACGCGCAAAAAGCGACGAUCCAGUCUGAAAAAAAUGUUCUCCAAGAGAGGCUCUCGAGGUGCAACGCGUCGCUCAAGCGGCUGGAAAAUGUGAAUAGCAAAUCGGACAUGGAACAUCUGAAGAACCUAGUCCCGGAUAUGUUCAAAGAGUUCUCGCUGGAAUUUAAGGAGCUCGACCACAGUGUUGAUAUCAACGAAGACAGCUACAAAGGAUUGGCGAUGCAGUCAGAGCAAAUUCAAGGAAGACUCCAUGGAGUGGAAGAGGACUUUCAGAGCUCGAGAAAACGCGCUGAUAGAGCAAGAGAUGAUCUAAUGAAUAAUCUUCCCAAUCUCACAGAAGUGAUACCUCCCGGAUCUGAAGAAACGCGGAACCGGACGGAGCUAGAAAAUGAGUUCUUCGAACAUCUGGGCAAGUUGUCUGAGCUGGAGUUGCAGAAGAGCAAAAUGUCGGCGAAAUCGGAGCACUUGACAAAAUCUCUUGAAAAUGCGGGCCCUAUCGCUGCAAGACUGCGUGCACGAGAGAAACGCAGCAAAGAAGCAAAUAGUCAUCUGCGUAAAUCUCGAUACAUUCUACCAAGCGAUAUUCAGCUCUUCGGAGGGCGAUUGUUGGAGCAAGUACAGCUCUCUGGCCAGGCAGUGCCGAGGAUAAUUUCCAGCUGCGUUCGAUGCAUCACUAGACACGGCCUUUACCAUCAAGGCAUCUUCCGCGUUAAUGGAGUUCAGGCUGAAGUUGCUAGGCUACAGGAUGCCUAUUCAUCGGGCGAAGAUCCGCUCGCGGAAUGCAAAGAUACCCUCUUUUACGACAUUAAUUCCGUCGCUGGCGUUCUCAAGAUGUACCUCCGGAAGCUCGAGACGAAGCUGAUACCAGAUGACGUCUUCGAAGAAUUCAACGACGCGGCGAGCAUCAAAGACGAGAUCCUCAGAGCAGAGAAAGUCAGGACUAUCCUUAAGGCGAUUCCGGACUCGAUCCUGAUUGUCAUGCGAUAUAUUUUCCAGUUUUUGCAUCAUUUGUCAAUGAACUCUGACGAAAAUAUGAUGGACGCGUAUAACCUGGCGGUGUGUUUUGGCCCCUCCGUAAUCGACAUUCCUAACCAUGCCAAUCCAGUCAUGUGCCAGGCGAACAUAAACAACGUAAUAAAGACCAUGAUCGAAUGCGCAGAAGACAUCUUUCCAGACCAUUUGGAAGGGCCGCUGUACGAACGUCAUGUGGAUGCAAUUGUCAACGAUUCCGAAGACAACAUGUCUUCCGUCGCAGAUUCCGCUUCCAAUCCAGGCUCGCCGCAAUUGGGGCUGAAUCUCCAGACUGGAUCCAACUCGUCAAAAUCGUCACAAAAUGAGAUGUUGGAUUCGCCAACCUCGGAAACGAACUUAUUUCCAUAUCACUCCGGAAAAGGGCAAAUUAUACGAUCAAGCAUUCAAGCAGCUGAGUCUGGGGAAUUUAUCGGUGAAGCAAUCGCAGCAUACGAUUAUAAAGCGCGCUCUCAGAAAGAACUUGGCCUCCAGAAAGGCUGCAGAGUAUUCCUCAAGAAGAAAAUGAGUCCCGACUGGUGGAGAGGGCAAGUCAACGGCGUGGAAGGUCUCGUUCCUCAUAUUUAUCUGACCUUUGCAGGAUCCAGCUCGAGCUCAACACUUUCCGAAAAAUCACAAUCUUCACUUCACAGACACCGCUUUGGCGAUCGCUCACUGCGCCAAGAUCCCAGAUUUCAAAAACAUCACCAAGUGAACUACACGCGACACAAGGAAAUAUAA